AUGAUAGAAGCAGAAAUAUACAGCUUGCACGACGUAACUUGCAAAAAACAAGCAAAAUGGUCUCAAGAACAAACCGAUGAAGCCCCUCUAGACAAACUACAACCUUCAAAAGAAACCAUAUUGGAACUGAAAGAAAAAAUAGCCAGGCUGGAGAGCCAAAAACAAAACAGAGAAGAAAAUCCUGUUACCAGCAACUCAGUACAAAAUGCCAGAGUAAAUGCUCAGAAUCAACAUAAAUCCGAAACACCCGAGACCCUCAAAACCAUAAUCGAGUCAAUCGAGUUUGAUGAGAACUCAAAACACGUCACCAUCCGUUUUGGCCCACCAGGGAAACUACCUGUUGUUAUGACAUUACUGAAUAAAUACGGAUCGAACAAUACUAAGAGCUUCGGAAUUACCAAUCAAAGGACUGACAAUGCCACAGCCAUAUUAACAAUAACGUACAGGACAAGCACAGGUACGACACAACUACUACGCGAUUACGAACUGAACAAACAGACAGACCAAGAAACAAACAUCGUAGAAACUAAUAAACCGACAAACAACCUAGAGACAGGCAACAACACCGACACUUCCAAAAAUUCUACUAACUCAAACGCCACUGACAGCACUGACAGUUCUGAGAACUCUGAUGACAUCGACUCUACGGACAACAGUGACGAUCCAGACAAUAACGACAUUAACAAUGAUGACAGAAUUGCUACAAACGAAAACACUGACAGCAAUGACAAUAACGACUUCCAAAGACCUGCCAACAAUGACGAUAUCGAAGCUUACACUAUUAAUGAACCAAACAUAGCACUACGCCAUACAUACAACCCGCAAGACAAUGUACAGCUACUCAAAAUAAAUUUGAUAGACGCUUACAAAGUGACAGCCACAUAUAUAGGUACGACAAUAGACGCAGAAGCAUUAUUUAGACAACAUGGGCCCUGCAACACCGAACACUACGCAACGAAAAACAAGGACAUCAAAGCCAUAAUAAUUAGAUACCAAAUGAAAAAUCAUGCGCUUACAGUAAUCAACAAAUACAAAGAACACAUACAACAAAUAAACGAUGACAUACAAAGACCAACGACAGAACAACAAACCAAUCGGGAGAAAACAAUAGAAUACGUACAAACACCAGAUACUAUAUGUGCACGAGUACCCGGACAUACGACAAGACAAAAUUUAACAGAGACAUUCCAACAAUUCGGAAACAUCACAGACGUACGACACUUAGAGCCUAAAGACGGACAAAAUGGACGAUACACUGCGUUCAUCCAAUUUGAAAACCAGGACAGCGCAAACAAGGCUAUGGAAAAGACACAAAUGGCGCACUCGACAAGACUAGCUUACAACAAAGUAUACACAUCAACACGAUCCACUGCACAGCAAAAGACAGAAAAAGAACAAAACACAACACAACAGAAACAAAAAUCAACAACUUGGACCGUUGACCCCGGCAACAACACAAAAUUAUACAUACUAGCACCACCAGACACCACACAACAGCAAUUAGAAACAGAUUUUACAGUGUUUGGAGAGACAGUGAGCAUUGAACAGACGGACAGUACGACAAAAGGAAAAGUAGAGUACAUAACAUAUACAAACAAAGUUGACGCAAUAGACGUCAAAUUAAACGGACCACAGAAAUACAUAGUAAAAUGGAAAUGGACGCCAAGAACAGACGAACCGAUGAUUCACUUCCUAUGCGGAGACCAAAUUCCGAAACAAAGAUUCGACGACCAUAUACAGAACUGCAGCAUGCCUCACUUAAGACAGAGAAUACUAAAUGAAAAGUCAACAUCAACGACCAAAAAACAAGAGGACCCAAGACAGACAACAUCGACACCACAACCGAGCACGAGUGAACAGGCAAACGAGCAAGCAACAAGUCGCUCAACAACAUCCAACACGACAACACCAGUGUCAGUGCAUAAGGCAUUAGACUUAGACUACACGUCAUCCAGCGACGAGGAUCCCAUAGAAAUGGAAAUAGCCAGACAGAACGCCAGACGCCGAAUAUAA